CGGCCGCAAACGCUCACUUCCAACCAUCCGUGGCCCCCGAGGCCCGAGGCCACAAUUCCACCUGCACCUUCCCCCACCGCCGGCUUCCGGCGACCGCCGCUUGCCGGCCUCCCGAUGAUGGAUCGCCCAUCCAAUUGAUGGAUCCCUCGGCAGCAGAGCCCGUGCAACCACGGGCCGCCGCGGGCGAUGGUUCAGAGCCAGCGGAGGGGAGCAGGCGGCGGCGCGGGACCGUGGUCCGCGGCGCCCUCGGGAUGGCCUUCCCCAUCGCGGCGUCAUUCCUCUUCUCCUUUCUCGUCGGACUCGCGGGCCUAGCCCUCGGCGGACUCUCCUCCUCCGCAUCCGUCUCCAUGCCCUCCACCUGCCGCAUCCUCUCUACCGGCGUGGACAUUAGGUCAUCAAAGGUUUGUGAGCUCGGACUGUUGAACUAUAGAGCUAAGCAUGUAUUCUACCCGUCAAGUAAUAGAAGAUACCGUUGCCAUGAUGACUACUACUGGGCAUCAGUUUUCCAGGUUGAAUACACAGAAUAUUUUUCUGGCCAAAUAUCUUAUGCAAUGGCAGAGGCUCCAAAAGAGGCUCUUCCUCAGAAUUGCCGACCUGAUUUUGGUGCUGCAUGGUCAACAACAGCGAAAUUCAAGGUCAAUGAAUCAUACAGUUGCAAAUACACCCUGGGGAGUGCCAAAGCUGAUAUUUAUUCAGACAAGCUCUUCAAUUGCACAGCCGAAGAACCUUCGAUAAGUGAAAUGCUGAACAGGAUAUUUAUACUGUUUUCAAAGUUGUACAUGUCAGAAGAUUUCAGUUCAGGACGUAUGCUUGGAUACAUAGCAGCAGGGGUUGUGGCUGGCGUGUUGAGUUCUCUGUUCAUCACUAUAGUAUUGAGAAGCUUCCGAGGAGUGUUCUUUGCUGCUGCCAGGUGGGCUGUAAGCAAGCACAGCAUCAGGGUGUUUGCUUAUUGUUUCAAGCGAGCCUGUCUUCUUGUAGCAUAUGUAUCUUUUGUUGGCUGGGUUACUUUGCAGUACAGCAAAAUGAUUGGGUUGAAAGAACUUUUGGUAGACUAUGAACUCAUGGAGAGGUUCCUGUAAAUGUAAAUGUUUUGGGCGAUGUAUAUUGUCAGAGCUGAUGCUUGUUCUCAAUGAAACAUUUUUUUGUUUCAUUCUAA